AUGAGGAUGGAGACACUGACCUGUGCUGUGCUACUGCUGCUAUACCAAGAGUCCUGUGGUGCUGUGGAGGUCAGACCCUCCGCUAACCCAGCCGUGGUGGGGUCAAGUGUCACCCUGUCCCUCUCCCCUUCCUCUUCCCUGAACAGUGGCAGCUGGGCAGUGGGGGAGUACCUCAUCCUUACCUGGAGCAGACUCGGGGACCAGGACCAGGUGGCCGUCUACCCAGACCACUUGGGCCGAGCGUCCAUCGAUGCAGGCCGAGCGCUGACGUUAACUUCUCUCAGUGUGAACGACUCUGGGCUGUACACCAUGAAGAGCACUGACCCUAAGCUCUCUGCAUCGCUCAGCCUCACUGUGCUUGAGCCCAUUGUAAACGUGACCACAAAUGCCAGCGUCUCUCCUCUGGUGGAACACAGGAGCACGGCUGUUGCAUUGUGCUCGGUGUCUUCGGGGUCAUCGGUUUCUUUCGCCUGGUUCAACAGCAGCUCUGAGGUCGUGGUCAGUGACAGAGUCCGGCUCACUGAAGGAAACGCCACACUCUCCAUCGUCACCAUCAGCCGCUAUGACCAGGGACCCUUCACCUGCCUGGCCUCCAACCCGGUCAGCAACGCAACUAGUGAUCCAGUCGACUUCACCAUAUACUAUGGGCCUGAUAAUAUGAAUGUGACUCUUGGAUCUCAUACAACUGGAUCCAAUGUCACUGCUGUGUGUACGGCUCAGUCCAACCCUGCAGCUCGAAUGCACUGGACUUUUGGAGGAGAGCUUUUGAACAGCUCCGGCUCAGAGUUAGAGUUGUACCACGUCACCAAAGAGCAAAGUGGGCUUUAUUCCUGUGUCGCUUUCAACAAUGAGACAAAGUUGAGUCACAAUGUCACAGGAUUCCUCCAAAUCAAAGAUGCCAAUUCUGGAUCAGAUCGUCCCAAAGCUGUGUGGAUUCUCCGUCUGCUGUGUCUGGCUGAGCUGAUGUUCACAUUUUGGGAUAUAUAA